AUGGAUUUCGCCGAAGAACAGCGUAAUGAAGUAGAGGCUUUGGAAUCCAUUUAUCUGGAUGAUCUUCAAAUAAUAGAAGAAGAUCCAUGGUCCUUUACUAUUUACGUCGAGUGUGAUCAACAGGAGGAUAACCCAAAAUUCGAAGCAUGUUCGGUACAGUUUCGCUUUACUCUUACCCCGUGUUACCCAGAAACUCCGCCGGAGAUACAAAUUAUUGAAAAAGAUAACCUAUCUGAUAAUGAUAUAUCUGAUAUUAUGGAAAUAAUGAAGGAACAGGCUGAUGAAAAUUCAGGCAUGGCCAUGGUAUUUACGUUACUAUCAGCCGCCAAGGAUAAGAUGGCAGAAAUUGCAGAGAAUAUUCUCAUACAGAAAGAAGACGAAAUCCAGAAGCUGAAAAGGCUUGCCGAAGAGCGUGAUAAGGCUAUUCGGUUAGGAACUCCUGUUACAGUUGCAAACUUUUUAAAAUGGAAAGCUGAAUUUGAACAAGAGCAGUCGGCUGCCAAGAAGCGCUCGAAAAAUAACGAUAGCACUUCUACUAAGUUAACUGGUCGGCAAUUAUUCGAAAGUGAUAGCUCUUUGAAAAAUUCAGAUGCUUCAUUUAUGCAAGACGGUAGUGAUGUGAGAAUUGAUGAAUCACUGUUCGAAGAUCUUGACGGUUUGGAUAUUGAAGAAGAUAUGGAAGACGACUAA